AUGGAGAGCAAGCAGAGGACGGUAAAGGAGAUGCUAGCCAGUAUCCUGACACAUGAGAAACCAGUUAAUGCUAGAAAGGACCAUGCAAACAGGAGGAGCUUCUCCCACGGUGAACACAAGUUCACAAUGGUGGAGGAGAGAGCUUAUGUGCUAAGCAAAGGCCAGAGCCCCAGAAGAAAACAAGUGUGGACUCACAAAGCUGCCCUCACCUGGGUGCGAACCCCGCCGGCCUGGGGUUGAGGGGGGACCGGUGGGCUGUGCGAUAUGGCAAUGAGCCCCGUGCUAUCGGAGUUCCUGCGAGAGCUCCCAGGCUGGUUCCUGCUCUCUGGCAUCUUCCUGCCCGUGACUUUGCUGCUGUUCCUUCUCAUUGCCUACUUCAGGAUCAAGCUGAUGGAGGUUAAUGAAGAACUGUCACAGACUCCUGAUCACCAACACAAUCGUAAGGCUAGCUCUUCCCGGUACCAGAGAAAGAAACGGACGUGACUGUUGGGGACUGAUCAAUGGCUAAAGCACAGUCAAUUUCUACUGGUCGGAGAGCAACGGUCAAUGGCUUAG